CGCGGUUUCGGUUCCUGCGGCGGCGUGGGGAGCGCUCGGAGCGGCCCGGGCACGGCGCGGCCUGCGGGGCUUUGCGGAGGCGCCGGCGCCAUGGCUCCCGUGCUGAACCUCAACAACGAGGUUGUGAAGAUGAGAAAAGAUGUGAAGAAGGCCAGAGUCCUGACUAUUCGCAGACUAACCAGACACAUCGGGAAAUUAAAAUUGAAAAAGGGUUCAGAAGACUUGAAAUUAAAGAACCAAAAACGAGUUGAGAGAUUAAUAGAAGAAAUCCAUGCCAUGAAGGACAUAAAACCAGAUGAAGUUACCAGACUUGCUCUUAGGACAGAAGUUAAUUUUGAAACUGUCUGCAGAAAGCCAAAUUGUACUGCAGCUGAGCGAGCCAUGGCAAGACUUGCAACACACCCCACCUUGAAGCCCAGAUUUCUUGAACUUAAAGCUGCUGUUAAAGCUUUUAAGGAUGCAAGAAAGAACCCAGACAAAGCCACUCCUAUGAAAAAGGAUAAGUCAGAAGAACAGCCUAAAUCAGCGCAACAUUCCAAGAGCAGCUUGGAUGACCAAGCUCCUAAGCUACCUCAAAAACAGCAAGGAUGUGAACACAAAACGAAGCCAGCCAUGAAAAUAGAAACUGACAAGGUGGUUGAAGAACUCUGUGAGAGUGAAUCUGAGCAGAAAACUGUGGAAAUGGAGGGAGCAUAUAGUCCAGAAGAAUCUUCAUUUCAGGCAGUAGAAAUGCAAGCAGUCACUCAAAAUAAAACAGGAAAGAAACUUGACUAUCAAAAAAGGAAAGAAAAUCUGAGUAUGAACAAAUUAAAUGCAAUAAAAGAAAUAAUUGAUGAUAGUGACCAAGAGCAUCCCAGUAAAAAGGAGUACUUUGAUGAUAGUACUGAAGAGAGGUUUUAUAAUGAGUCAUCAGAUUCUGACAGUGACAGCAGUGAUGACUUCUUCAUUGGCAAAGUAAAAAAAAAGAAAAAAGUAGCAGCAGUUAAUAAUUUUUCUUCAACAAAAGAGAAGGAUAGGCUUCAGAAAAACACAGUGAAGACAGAAAAGAGCACAGUGCCUGGGAUAGCACAAGAUUUGAUCAUGGAAGAGAGAAAGCCACUUGCAAAAGCAAGCAAGCUGGAAUCAGUGUUCUGCAGUUCGUUGUCUACCACCAACCAGAACUCUCAGAACAGAAGAAGACAUGCUAAAGACCAGCCUCUCAAAAAUGAAAGAACAGGUUUUCUUAAAAAUGAAACAAAGCUCAAGAAGAAACCAUUUGCAAAAACUUCAGGGGGUAUUAAAGGCAACAAUAAGAAAGCAUGUUUGGAGCAGCCUCUUCAUCCUUCAUGGGAAGCAAGCAGGAGACGCAGAGAGCAAAUGUCUCAAAUUACAGUAUUCCAGGGGAAAAAGAUUAAAUUUGAUGACUAGACUAUAUGUAAAUGGAGAUUCAAAAAAAAUUUUUUUCCAACUGCUGUUUGAAAAUUUUUGUUAUUCUGUCCAUAUCCUUUGCAUCCUACAAAAUUGCAACUGCUAUUAUUUGCCAUCUUAGAACAGUCAAGAUUGCUUCAUUCAUUCUGUGUGCUGUCUGUUGAUUAAUGUGAUGGCCAUAUAGUGUUUGUUCAUAAAUCCCAUUAUGUAGUGCCCCCAUUCAUGAAAUACACCCUAACGUGAAGGAAGGGUUUUUAGGAACAUAAUCUGUGCCCUGUCAGAAUGGUACAGAUUCUUUCGAGGGGGGUUUGGAAGGACUUUUUUGUAUGUGAAAGAGGGUACUUUAUAUGAGAAUUUGGUUGUCAAAAGAAAGGUUCUAUAUUGUCAAAUACAUCUCAACUGAGACAAAGUAAAAGAUUCUUGAACUUGAAGAGACUUCACAAAUUCAUCACUGUAUCAGGUAGCUGGAAGAGCCAGUCAGUUGUAAGCAUAAUAUGAAAAUUUCUGGAGAGAAUAAAAUACUGUGCUUUUAAAUUGUGAUCUCUGUCUUCUGAUUAUGCUGCCAAUUUGAAGAACUGAAAGGGUGUCUUUCAUACUUUAUUCUGGUAGGUACAUCUGGAUUCAUCAACAUGUGUGUCCAACUCUUUCUGAAAGAAUGUGAAAACCUGAAAAAACUUUGUACACUAAGAAACGUUUGACUUUUAAGUGCCAGUCUGACAUAGGGAGUUCAUUUGGUUGGGAUAUGACAAAAAAAUUUUACUAUUUCUUCAGGUGCUUUUCCAACUACCUAAUUGAAAGAAAUUCUGAACAUGUAAUUAAUCUUUAAUAGUGUUGUUUAUUUAAAUAUAGUUAUCUUUCAUAAUCAAAUUAAUUCAUAAACUUAGUAAAUUACUGCACUGUACUAUUCAUGUAACAUUUUGAGAUGCCUAGGGAAAGUCCUGCAUCAGACUAAAGGCCCAUCUAGCCUAGCAUCUUUGAAAGUAGUCAAAAAGGGAUGGUUUAAGGGUAGAGGGAGCACACAGGGAUACACCAUGCAACAUCCAUCUCUUCAAGCUUCCAGUUUUACAGCUCAACGACAUCAUGUGAUAUUGCAGCUUAUGGUGUUUAAUAAUCCUCUAUGGAUUUCCUUUCUUCAGAUUUGUCUGAAAUCCAUGCAAACCUGUAGAAUAUGUCAUCCCUUAAGGGUAGAUGGCCUUCCUACAUAUUUCAGUCUUAUAAAACCCAGUCUUGUUGUGUGUCUCAGCCAAAGCCAGCAGCCUCCUGGGCUGCAUUAGAAAAUGUUGCCAGCAGUAUGAGGGAGGUGAUCCUUGCCCUGGACUAAGCACAGAUAAAGCUACAUCUGAAGUGCUGGAACCGAUACUGGGCUCCCCAGCACAAGGUGCCGAGAAAGAUUGUGGAGUCUCCAUCCUUGGAGACAUUUAGAAUUUGACUGAGUCAUUCCUGGGUAGCUGUUUAAAGGUGGCCCUGCUUGGUCAGCAGGUUGGAACUGAAUCGUGUUUAGAGGUCUCUUGCUAUCACAUCUACUCCUGACCGCAGAGGAGUUGCUGUAAAUGUCUAAAAUACGUAGUCAUUGUGGAAUACCUCUGUGUAUUCUGCUUGGGAUGGCAUUAGAGUCAAAUGGCAGGAACAACUUCAAUUUUUUUAAUGUAAUGUUACUCUGUUGCUGGUAUGGCCGAUUCUGUCUCCCUCUCCUGCACAGAGGGAGGGGGCAAUUCCUGCCCAUUGUCCGUCCCAUCCUGUGUGAAGUUCUUGAAGACUAAACCUUCAAGUUGGUCCAUUCUGUAUUAAUAUCUAGGCAUGGUUUGCCCCACAUGGUUAGGCUUGCUUUUCUAAAUACUGAACAAAUGUCAGUAUGUGUAAUACUAUCUUAAAUGGCAUUGUCUCCCAGAGGAAUGAGAAAUUCAAGCAACCUUCCAUUUCCAAGUGGGUUUUGUUGCUGUUAUUUUCACUGUACCAUAUGGAUUUUAAGGCCAAAAGUAUUUAAGUAUUUAAGGCCAAAAGCUUCAAAAUAAAGCACAAAAAUAUG